UAUAAAUGUAGGAAUGAAGUGGAGGGAAGGAAACCUUGGGGCUUCUUGUCUGCUUCCUAGGAGAAACAGCAACAACAGCAGGAGUCCUGGAGACUUUGGAAGGAGAGAAGCAGCACCCUACAUUCUCUCCUGACCAGCCCUCUAGAGGAAUCCACCCCUUUGGAGUUCUCCCAUGAAAAUGUGGACUCCCUUCCUCCUGAGCUGCCUGCUCUACACCCUGGCGAUAGUGGCACAACCGAGGUACUUGAUCAUCAUUCCAGCUGCCCUUCCCUACCCCUCAUCCCAGAGGGUGUGCUUGGACCUCCGUGGGGUUGAAAAGCCAAUUCGUGUGGGCUUAACUCUUGUGCACCCAUCUGGCAACCUCAGCCUCUACCGCAAGGUCAUCCGGAACAACUGGAUCUUCGAGUGCACCAGAUUUCAGGUGCCCCGACCUGCAGGCAGCCAGGAGGUGGCCACUGUGCACCUGCACAUCUCCAAUGGCCACUACUUCAGUGCAAGUGAAGAGAAGAAAGUCCUUAUCCGCAGGGCUGGAACUGGCACCUUCAUUCAGGUGGAUAAACCCAUCUAUAAUCCAGGACAGACAGUGAAAUUCAGGAUUGUGACAUUGACUGAAGAUUUUGUUCCUGUUAACAGCAAGUACUCCAUGGUGGAAAUCCAGGACCCAGAACAAAACCGCAUUGGCCAGUGGCUGGAUGUGAGACCAAAACAGGGCAUUGCAGAUCUCUCAUUCCAGUUGGCUGAUGAGCUCUCCCUGGGGACUUACACCAUCAGUGCCCAGUCCUCUAAGUCCGGUUCAGUCCAGUCCAGUACCUUUAAGGUGGAGGAACGUGUGUUGCAAAAGUUUGACGUUUUCUUCGAGGGACCGGCUCAGAUUUAUGCUUCAGACAAAACCUUCCCCCUGCGAGUGUGUGGCAGAUACAGCUAUGGGAAAGCUGUGCGAGGAAGCGUGCGUGUCACUGUGUGCCAGAAAGCAAGGAGGUGGCCCCAGAAUGCCAGCAAGGACAUCUGUAGGGAAUACAGCGGUCCUACAGCGAGCAACGGAUGUUUCACCCCUUCUGUCAGCACAUCAGUCUUCAAUCUGACUCCCAGCGAGGAAGACAACAAGCUUCAGGCAGAAGCCUCUCUCCUGGAGAUGGGCACAGGGGUGCAGAUCAACACCUCCAGCCAAAUCCUCAUCUCCAGGACAGCUGCAAGGGCAGUAUUUGAGACACCCAAUGAAUAUUACAUCCCUGGAGUACCAUACAGGGGGAAGAUUAAGGUUCAGGAUCACUAUGGAACUGGUAUGAAAAACAGGAAGGUUUUUCUUGUGAUAAGGGUCAUGAGGCGUCGGUUUAUCAAAACGUACAUCACAGAUGACAGUGGAAUAGCAUCAUUCAACCUCGACACAACUGCCUGGAACAGCUCAUCAGUCUCUUUGGAGGGGAGGUUCACACUGGAGGAGCUCAUGCGCACUGCUCGAAGGACUGACUUCAGUUACUCACCUGCUUACCAUCACCUGCAGCCCUUCCAUGUCACAACCAAGAGCUUCCUGGACAUACACCCACCCACGGAAACACUGCCUUGUGGGCUCAAGCAGAAUGUCCAGGUGACCUUCACACUCAGCAGGGAUGACCUGGGAGAAGACACCAGCCGUAUAAGUUUUGCAUAUUAUGUCACUGGCAAGUCUGGAAUUGUUGUCAGGGGCCAGAGGAAUAUCCAGAUUGGGAAACUGAACAUGCUGAAGGGCUCGUUCUCCAUCCCUUUGACUUUCACUGCUGACUUGUCUCCAUCGCCUUCCUUAGUGGUGUAUGCCAUCUUCCCCAACGGAGGGGUCACAGCUGACAGCAUCCGUUUUGAUGUUGCCUUGUGCUUCCAAAACCAGGUCAAGGUAGGAUUCCCAGAUAAAGAAGCCCACGCAGGGUCAGCAGUGCAGCUCCAGCUGCAGGCGGUGCCUGGAUCCCUGUGUGCAGUCCUGGCAGUGGAUGAAAACAUAUUCUUCACCAGACCAGACAGUGAGCUGACCAGCCAAAUGGUCUAUGGUUUGUUCCCUGCUGCCUACCAACGUGGAUACCCUGCCCAAGUAGAAGAGCAUUCAGAUCGCUGCGUGCAGCCCCAGUCCUCAUCAUCUCUGCUACGAGGGAGGCCACAGAAUUCCUUCCAGCCUGACAUCUUUAACCUCUUCCGGAACAUGGGACUGAAAGUCUUCUCAAACCUUGUAAUCAAGAAGCCCUCUCAGUGCUCUCGUCGGGCGGAUAGGAAACCAAUCAUGGGGGUGCCUUCGAUAGAAGACCAAAGAAUCACUGAGGAACAACCCCAAUUCACAACUCACAGAAGAUUUCACCACUAUUUCCCUGAAACUUGGAUCUGGAAUGUGUACUCUGUUGGCUCCAAUGGCAGCAGGAAUGUCUUGGUCACAGCGCCUGCUGCUGCUGCAGAGUGGAAAGUCAAGAUGUUCUGCUUGGCUGGGAGGGGCUUUGGCCUUGCCCCGACCAUGAGCCUCAGAACAGUUCAGCCCUUCUUUGUGGAUGUGAUGCUGCCAUAUUCCGUCAUCCCUGGAGAGACCUUCCUGAUGAAGGCCACUGUCUUCAGCUACCUGCAGCAGUGCAUACAGAUCCAUGUGGCCCUGGCUAAAUCCUCAGACUUCCAGGUGGAGCCAUGUCAGACUUGCAGGGACAAGGAGUGUCUGUGUGCAGAGGAGUCCAAGACCUUCAUGUGGAAUGUGACAGCAGUCCAGCUGGGGACUCUGAAUAUCACAGUGAGGACAGAGGUACUGGACAGCACAUCACGGUGUGGGGGCAGGAAGCCCUUGCCAGCUGCUGUGAGGGGGAGGCACACGCUGACGAAACGCUUGCUGGUCCAGCCAGAGGGUGUGUUAGUGGAGAAGUCUCACAGCUCCCGUCUGUGCCCAAGAGGAGGAAACAUGGCUGAAGAACCCCUGUCCCUUCGCCUCCCUGACAAUGUAGUAAAGGGAUCUGCCAGAGCUUCCAUUUCCAUCACAGGGGACCUCAUGGGGAUGGCACUGCAGAACCUGGGCCACCUGGUGCAGAUGCCCCACGGCUGUGGGGAGCAGAACAUGGUGCUGUUUGCCCCCGUUGUCUAUGUGCUGCAGUACCUGGAGAAGACGAGGCAGCUGAGCCCUGAGAUCAAGGACAGGGCUACAGGAUUCCUGCGCAGUGGGUAUCAGACACAGCUUCUUUAUAGGCACAGAGAUGGCUCCUAUAGUUUCUUUGGGCAGAACGAUGGAGAAGGAAACACUUGGUUGACAGCUUUUGUACUCAAGAAUUUUGGCCAAGCCAGAAAAUACAUCUAUGUAGAUCACAAGAACAUCCGGGAUGCCCUACGCUGGCUAGAGCAAAACCAGCUCCCCAGUGGCUGCUUUGCCACCAAAGGGAACUUUUUUCACUCCUCCCUAAAGGGCAGCACGGAUGAUGAAAUCUCUCUGGGGGCCUACGUCGCUGCAGCACUGCUCGAGAUGGGUCUGCCACUGCAGAGCAAGCUGAUGCAGACUACUCUCCGCUGCCUGCAGAAGGUGGUUCCCAACAUCACCAACAUCUACACAGAAGCUUUGCUGGCCUAUGCCUUUGCCCUGGCUGGAGACUAUGAGACAACCCAGGAGCUGCUGUACAAACUGGAGGAACAGGCCAUCAAAUCAGGAGGACAAAUCCACUGGAGUCCCAAGCCAAGCUCUCCAGCUUCAACAGACUUCUGGCCCGGUACUCAGUCAGUGGACAUAGAACUGACAGCCUACGUGCUCCUGGCAUACCUCUCCAAGCCACGGGUGCACGCAGGUGACAUGACAACUUCAGCUGCCAUUGUGGCAUGGCUGAUACGGCAGCAAAAUGCCUACGGGGGUUUUGCCUCCACCCAGCUACAUCGGGAGCAGAGUCACAUCCAACAUGGUGAUCAUAGAGGUCUCCCUGCUGUCUGGAUUCAUCAUGACUUCCAGAUCCAGAAUACUGGUAAGGACUUUGGAAUAAAAAAACCCAGCACUACCCAGGUAAAUGGAUCCUGCCUGCUUACUCCUGUUGGGAAUUGAUCAUUUCAGGCUGGGAGGAGCUAAAUUUGCAGGGGACCUUUGUUGUUGCAAUUGCACCAAAACUCGUUGUUUUCCUACAGCCACCACAAAGGAGAUCAGAGGUGGUUCAGCUUCUCCCACUGACAGUAUUUGGACUUGAGCUAGAAACAAAGUGUACUGCUGGGUGUGCUAACACCAGGAUUUCUUUGUCAGAAAUUCUCAGACAGGAUUUCUCAGAGACACUCUAGCUCUAGCUAAAAAGAUUCUUUUUGUUUUUCAAUUAAACCAUAAACCAGAAAGAUUAAUUAUUUGCACAGCCCCAAUGCAGGUGUUUAAAAGCAGUCGAACACUCAGUGAGAUGAAAUAACAAGAAUCUCUACUGGUGCCUGCACCCAUUUGCUGACCAACGUAUCAGUCAUAUGUACUACCCACACAGCCUCUGGUCCCCAGAGGGGGAGAUUCCUCUGCCCUGGGCAGAGUCAGUGUGGUUCACACCUGAGAUGCUCACAAGGGAUGUCCAAGAGGGGCUAGCAAAGACAUAACCACUCAAGCCCUUAGGCAUGAGAAAGGCACAGUUCCACAUGGAGCCCAGCUCUACACCUUCCUUUCACUAAAACAGUGGGUCCCUCAGGUCAGGAAACCUUACAGAAAAUCCUCACAAAUUUCCUUCUAUCAUUCUUUCCUAUCCUAGCUGGAGAACAGAACCAUUGUUAAGAAAAUAGAAGUGAAAGCUAAUGUGGUCUACAUUUAUCUGGAGAAGGUAAGUGAGAACAAAAGCAUUUGG